CGCAGCUGCACAGGAAGAAGCUGGAUGUGUUUACAGCACAUGAUGUCUUUGCAGUGUGAUGUUUGAUCGGUGCAGGCAGAAGUGAUCCCUUCAGGGUGAUUGGAAUCUCCAGUUAUCAUGGAGGAAGAUGAAGAUUGCCCGGAGCUUGUACCCAUUACGGACCAUCAGACACAGUCUAAGAUUCCAGUCACUAUAAUCACAGGGUAUUUGGGGGCUGGAAAGACAACUCUUUUGAAUUAUAUUCUGACCGAGCAGCACAACAAGAGAAUUGCAGUCAUUGUUAAUGAGUUUGGUGAAGGCAGUGCUGUAGAAAAGUCGUUAGCUAUCAGCCAAGCUGGCGAGUUGUAUGAGGAAUGGUUGGAACUUAGAAAUGGCUGCCUGUGCUGCUCAGUGAAGGACAAUGGUUUAAAAGCAAUUGAAAAUCUAAUGCAGAAGAAAGGAAAGUUUGAUUACAUACUACUGGAAACAACAGGCUUGGCAGAUCCAGGUGCUGUGGCCUCCAUGUUUUGGGUUGAUGCUGAACUGGGAAGUGACAUAUACCUGGAUGGUAUUGUAUCAGUGGUUGAUGCCAAGUAUGCUUUGCCGCAUCUAACAGAAGAAAAACCUGAUGACCUUAUUAAUGAAGCUGCAAGACAGGUUGCACUAGCUGAUGUGAUACUCAUCAAUAAAACUGAUUUAGUUUCCGCUGAAGACCUGGAUGCAGUACACUCAGUUGUCAGAUCCAUAAAUGGACUUGUCAAAAUUCUGGAAACGCAAAAAUCAAGAGUGGAUUUAUCGGAGAUCCUGGAUUUGCAUUCAUUUGACAGUCUGUCUGGAAAAAGCUUGCAGGACAAAUUUAUCUCCUGCACACCUCACAAUCAUCUUGAUAAGAGCAUUGUCACCGUUACAUUUGAGGUUGUUGGUAAUGUAGUCGAAGAGAAUCUCAAUUUAUUUAUCCAGAAUUUGCUCUGGGAAAAGAAUGUAAAAAACUCUAAUGGAAUUCCCAUGGAUGUUAUAAGGUUAAAGGGCCUGCUGUCAAUGAAUGAGAAAUCAAACCACGUAAUCAUACAGGGAGUUCAUGAGCUCUAUGAGCUAGAAGAGACACAAGUAAAUUGGCAGGGGGAACGACUGAAUCGCAUGGUGUUCAUAGGGAGACAUCUGGAUAAGGACAUACUCAAACAGCUCUUUGUAUCUGCUCUGCGGUAUUGAUGGUCAUCAUUUGUGAAUAUCACAAACAUCCAUAGAAAAAUGGCAGAGACUAAUUUUUCAAAGACAAUAAAGCCAUUCAUAAGUACUGGUGCUUCAAAGCUCUAUCACAUUUUUAAGUAUUGAUCCAUUUUACUUAAAAAGGUAAUUAAAAAUAAAGAAGAAUAAAUAUUUGUUUUAAG